AUGUCUCAAAUAUACCCUAUCGGCACCCGCUCUGAGAGUGAGCGUCUCGUGAGAGACUGGGGUUUUCGACACGUCUUCACCUGGUCCGACGGAAGGCAGUCAAGCAAUGCAUACUAUUCCCCCCAUUCUCACGCCGGUCUCACGACUCACCUCAUCCGUCGGGGAUCGCUGACCAUCACUUAUCCGGACGACAACGCCAGUCUCCACAAUGGAGCAGUCCAAAAAGAGACCUUUGGCGUUGGCUCACGAGUCGAUGUACCAGCAGGAAAGCUCCAUGAAGUCUGGAUCGGGGAUGAAGGGUGUGAGUACGUGAUUGGCGAAUAG